CCAGUGCGUUCAGUACAGCUUGGACUUCUUCCUCCAGUUCUUGAUCAUACGUUACCUCCUGAAAGGGUUGAAUGUCAACCAUUUCUUUUUGGCACAGUGACUUUGUGUACUACUUUCAUCUUGUUUUGAUGUUUCCUGUGUCAUUUAAUUUUUUCCCGUAAAAUCCUUCAAUAAUGCAACUCGAAGCUUGCUUUUUUUCUUCAGUUCUUUCAACUCAAGAGAGCUAGCCAAUAGAUAGCCAGGGAAAGAAUGUCCCAGAUAGAAGGAACAACCAGUACAAUAAUCACAGGGUGGCAGCAAGUCUUGUGUGUUUGAAGAUCAUGAAAGAAGCCAGCAUGCUAGGAAAUGAAGGAACAAGGGGGAGAGUGGGAGGAGAUGAAGUCAGAGAGACAAUGGAGACCUGAGCAUGUAGGGUCUUGUGGGUCAUGGUAAAGAUACUCGCUUUCAUUCUGAUGAAAUGGGGAGCCAUUGUAGGGCUUGGAGGAAGCACUCUGGCUGUUUUCAGGACAAUAGACUAGGGGCGUGAUAUGUCUUAAGCAGACAAUUAUGAAGACCAGUUAGGAAGCAAGUAAGAGAUGAUUGUGGUUCAGACCACGGUGGUUCCUGUAGAGAUGGUGAGAAGUAGUUACAUUCUGGUUACAUGGUGAAUGUAAAGACAAAAGGAUUUCUUAAUGGAUUAGGUAUAUGAGAUGUGAGAGAAAGAAGAAUCUAGGAUGGCUCCAACAUUUUUAGGCUGAGAAAUCAGAAGAUCAGAGUUUCCAUCAAUGGAGAUAGAGGGCUUGUAGAAAGAUAUAUUUUUUCUGAGGAAAGAGGAGGAGUUGAGUUUGGGACAUGUUGAGGUAGACAGAGCAGGUAUUUAUUCAUUCCCUUUUUCCACAAACAUUUCCUGAAUGUAUCCUAUGUUCCAAAUACAGAAGUAGGCAUUACUAUACAACAGAAGUCAGAUGCCUUGGCUUCAAGUAACUCCCAGCCUACUGGAGAGAAUAGAAAUGUAAAUAAAUAAUUAUAAAACAAUGUCAUAAGCAUCAUGAUGACACUGCAUACCAGAUGCAAUGGAAACACAGAAGUUACAGCCAUGCCGAGAAACUGAGGUCCUGAAAAGUUAUUUGAUUUAUCUAAGUUCAGUUAGUAUAUAACAUAGCUGGGAUCUGAGUACUGUUUCUCUGACUCCCUAGACGUGGGAAACUUUCUUAUAUCACGUAAACUUUGUCCUUGCAGAGUCAAUCACUUUCUCCAUACUUGAGGCAGAGCUUCUAUGGGCACUAAGAACAACGUGACUGUAUUUGUUUUAUUUGGCCUUUUCCAGAGCAGGGAGAUGCUGCAUGCCUGCUUCAUCGUCUUCUCCCUCUUUCAUGUGCUCACCCUCCUGGGGAACCUUCUGGUCAUCGUAACCAUCAAUGCCAGCAAGACUCUGAAUGCUCCCAUGUAUUUCUUCCUUAGCCACCUGUCUUUUGCUGACAUGUGCUACCCAUCCACUACUACGCCCAAGAUGAUUGCAGACACUUUCGUGGAGCACAAGACCAUCUCCUUCAAUGGCUGCAUGACCCAGCUCUUUUCUGCCCACUUCUUUGGAGGCACUGAAAUCUUCCUCCUCACAGCCAUGGCCUAUGACCGCUAUGUGGCCAUCUGUAGGCCCCUGCACUACACAAUCAUCAUGGAUCGGCAAAAGUGUAGUCUAUUGGUGGGAGCCUCUUGGGUGUCUGGCUUCUUGCAUUCCAUCCUGCAGACCCUCCUCACUGUCCAGCUGCCCUUUUGUGGGCCCAAUGAAAUUGAUAACUUCUUCUGUGAUGUUCAUCCCCUGCUGAAGCUUGCCUGUGGAGACACUUAUUUGGUGGGGCUCAUCGUGGUGGCCAACAGUGGCAUGAUUUCUUUAGUCUCCUUCCUCAUUCUCAUCAUCUCCUAUGUGGUCAUCUUACUGAACCUGAGAAGCCAGUCAACCAAGAGCAGACACAAGGCUCUGUCUACAUGUGGCUCACACAUCAUCACUGUCCUUUUGGUUCUUGUGCCCCCCAUGUUCAUGUACAUUCGUCCCUCCACCACUCUGGCUGCUGACAAACUUGUCAUCCUUUUCAACAUCGUGAUGCCACCCUUGUUGAACCCUCUCAUCUACACACUGAGAAAUAACGAGGUAAAAAAUGCCAUGAGGAAACUGUUUAGGGUCAAAGAGUAUUCAGGGAAGUAG